GCGUGCCAUGUGAGGCGCUUCCCGGCGACGCACCAGAGAGAAACGGACCACAGGCAGAAACCACGCGCGAGCACUUUCCCCCAGCUGCCCAGUGUUAUUUUCCUUUGACAUAUGUCUAAUUUAAAGGAAAGCCGACGUUUCCUACUUUUCCUCAGCGCUCGCGACCAGUUGUCAACUUGAGUUGACGUAAAGCAGGUUUAAAAUGAACGAAGGUCCGGAGAACAACGAGACUCAACUGUACGACAACUGGACGUUUCACAACGCGCCGGCGGAGUACGCCGUGCGGCGGAACAACAUCACCUAUGUUGGAUUUUACCUGCACCAGCCGUCCACCGCAGCCAUCUUCAUCGUGUCCUACCUGCUCAUCUUCCUGGUGUGCAUGGUGGGAAAUGGCGUGGUAUGCUUCAUCGUGCUGCGGAGCAAAAACAUGUGGACUGUCACCAACUUGUUCAUCCUGAACCUGGCAGUGAGCGACCUCCUGGUUGGGAUUUUCUGCAUGCCCACGACGCUCCUCGACAACAUAAUUACAGGAUGGCCUUUCGGGAGCCUGGUCUGCAAGAUGAGCGGCAUGGUGCAAGGGAUUUCCGUUUCAGCAUCCGUCUUCACUCUGGUUGCCAUUGCUGUCGACAGGUUCAGAUGCAUCGUCUACCCGUUCAAGCAGAAGUUGACCAUAUCCACCGCGACUUUGAUCAUCGUUGUCAUCUGGGUUCUGGCCGUAUCCAUCAUGUGUCCCUCCGGCGUGAUGCUGCAGGUCACCAAGGAGCAGACGGUCCGCGUUUUAUUGGGCUACGACAACAAAACCAGCCCUUUCUUUUGGUGCAGAGAGAACUGGCCGAACCAAGAGAUGAGGAAGAUUUACACCACUGUCCUGUUCGCAAACAUCUACCUUGCCCCCCUUUCCCUCAUCGUGAUUAUGUACGCCCGGAUUGGCAUCACACUUUUCAAAACAACGGUCCCAACUGGCGGCAAGCCGGGCCACGAGAACCGCCACAACGUGUCAAAGAAGAAGCAAAGGGUGAUAAAAAUGCUCCUCAUAGUGGCCCUGCUCUUCAUCCUCUCCUGGCUGCCGCUAUGGACGAUCAUGAUGCUGAGCGACUACGCCAGCCUAACUGAGCAGCAGUACAAAAUCAUCAACAUUUACGUCUACCCCUUCGCCCACUGGCUGGCCUUCUUCAACAGCAGCGUCAACCCCAUCAUCUAUGGGUUCUUCAACGAAAAUUUCCGACGAGGCUUUCAGGCUGUUUUCAAGUUCAGCCUGUGCGCGGCGGACGGACAGCGGAGUAAAACCUACUCGCGCAGGCUGCAGGGGAACUCUGUACUUCCAGCUAAUAAUGUUCAGACCUCCCUGGAGCCCAUUUCUCUGAACAGCCUGGAGAAGAACUCUUCCAGGCGACUCAACCACGUCGCUGAGCACGACAUGGUCAUGGAGGACCUGGAAAAGGGGUCUUGCAGUAGUGGCGGCGUGACUGCAGUGUCUAUCUAAGGACGUGAAAACCACAGCUGGAUUUUCAAGGUGAUAGGUGUUGAAACUCACUUCCGCUGUGCCUACAUAAACUGACAGGCUGAAUGGGUGUCCGGGAGUGUUUGGGUAUCCAAGGUCAUCCCACUCUUCUCACAAAAGCAGCCAUUUAUUCCACAGCAGUAUUUUCCUACGGUGUUAUUACUGGUCUAAAAAGGGUAGACUGCUUUUAGUCUCUAAUCUUUUCUAACCUUUAAUGUCUAUUCUACAGAAAUCAAAGCAGGUCACACUGUUCAGCAAAGACAAAAAGUCUUAAAAUCUUCAUGCUACAUUAAAAAGUCCACCUUCUUGCUCAAUGACAUAGUUUAUUUAUUUUUAUAGAUGUAUAGAUGCAACAGACUGUUGCGAGGAUACCUGCAUAACAGAUUUCCAGAGUCAGACUGGCUCGUUAGAUACACCUGCACUUGUUUGGAGUAUUACUCAUUUCUUUCACACAUCAGGAUCAACACUGUUCACGCACCGCACGGUAAGAUUAAAUAAAUGUACUCACUUUAAUUCUAUCCCUUCGGUAGAACUUCACACCGAGGACUACACAGCAAGUGGUAGAUCUGACGUUACAGUACUACAUAGUUUCAGAUCUACUAUUAGCUACCUAACACUACAUCUAAAAGUAGCUCCAUAAUCGGAGAUAAACUCACUACGCUGGUGGUGAUUGCUAGCAUAGGGGCUAGCUGGCUAAUGAUUGUGAUUAAAUAAGUUCAGGUAACGUUAGCAGAAUUGAAAGCAUUGUUGCUUUUAUUCAUCUUGUAAACGUCCCUGUUGAUCUUCUGGAAAGUUGAAUCCAAACGUUUAACCGUUUAGUUUGGACUUAAAUAAAAUAAUUAAAUAAACUCCUUUUGUCCAUCCUCUCAGAAUACCUGGAAUAAACUCCAUGAAACAGGAGAGUUCAGGGUCUUCCAGUGUUUUUCUGUGGAGCUGAGAGCCACCGAUGUCUGAGUUCUGGUCCCUGUGGAACUGUCAUUGGCUCAUUGACAUCUGGGAGGUGGCGCUUACCGAUAAGUCAUCAUAAGUCUUUCGUUUGGAGUGACAGAGAAGUGGAGUUACUUUUAAGUGUGACUUUAGAAUAUAAAACAGGUAAAAUACAAGAAAAU